GCAAGUUUUCAAACAGAGACACCAACGAUUCCUAUCCUGUGAGAGGAUCCUUGUUGCUCACUCGCUUGUUUAAUUAAUUCCACUUAGUCAUCUUCAACACUCAUUGUCUAUAAGCCCCAGUCUACAGUCCGACUCUCCGUCCCGUCAAAACCAUGCGGUGGCCGGGGGCCAGAUCUGGCGGCUUGGGCAUCGCCGCCAUGUCCUACGUCGCCAUCGAUUACCUCCGACACAUAUCACCGACCUGGCACUCGCUGCUGCAACCAGCUCUGUGGUUCCUCCUUGCCUUGAUUGCCAUAUCUCGCAUCCCCUUCUACAAGCACUGGUCCGCUGAAUUUCGUGCGGCGAUCCCGUUCGUCGCUUCCAUGGUCUUCAUGCUCUCAGCUUUCCUUGUAGAGGUUAUAUCUGUUCGCUCUGUCACUGCCGUGCUCGGCCUCGAUUGGCACCGUAAUACACCUCCUCUGCCAGACACUGGCCAGUGGUUGAUCCUGGCAUUAAAUGAAAAACUUCCUCAAUUAGUUGUUGACAUAUUAAGAGCACGUAUUGUUGGACUACACCAUUACCUGAUGUUGUUUAUGAUGCUGGCAUUCUCUGUGUUGUUUGACUCUGUAAAAGCUCCAGGCUUCGGACUAGGUGCAAGAUAUAUGUUUACAAUGGCAAUUGGUCGCCUUCUUCGUGUUAUAACUUUUGCAUCUACAAUUGUGCCAUCAGCCAGGCCUUGGUGUGCCACCAUGAAGUACAGAAUUGCAGCAUAUCCUCAUCCUUGGGCUCAGAAAUAUUAUGCUCCUUAUGCUUCAGACCAUCAUGCUAUCAGCCAGUUGAUUAAACAAGAUUUAGCUUACGUUGACAUUGGAAAACCUACCAUCGAUUACCAGCCAGAUUGGGGUAGAAUGAGCUUUUUAAUUGAUUUUCUGCGACCUACAGCCUCAGACGGAUCUAAAUGGUACAAUCUCUUAAAGAAAGCUGAAGGUGGGUGCAAUGACCUCAUAUAUAGUGGCCACAUGCUUGUUGCUGUACUUACAGCUAUGGCUUGGACGGAAGCUUAUGGAGGUGUUAGUUCAGCUUUUAUAUGGCUUCUUGUAUUACACAGUGCUCAGAGAGAAAUAAGAGAACGCCAUCAUUACUCUGUAGACUGCAUUGUAGCCAUCUAUGUGGGGAUCCUCUUGUGGAAGGUGACAGGUUUCAUCUGGUCAAGACAAGCCGACGCGAAGCUGACUAAGCUUGAGAAAAUUCAAGGUAAACUUAUCCAAGCUGCAAAGGAUUCAGACAUUGAUGAAGUGAGAGACCUUCUGAAAGACAUUGGGUUAUCUAGUGAAGAGAACAAGAAUCCGGGUGCUAAAGAACAAUAUCCAUGGUGGUUCACUUGUGCUACAAUGUUCUUCGCACUUACAAUAGUUGUUCUAGCUUUCAUAUUGACAAGUGAUGGGUGAUCCUCUCAGGACAGGAAUUGUUUUCCAUGGGGUUGACAUUGAACUUUCUGCAAGCAUUUUUCACCCUUUUAUUUUUCUGGUAGAAUUAUCAGCGGUAUUUCUUCUGUUAUUUCACUUUAAAAGUGUCAAGCACAAGGCAUGUACAUGUUUUGACAAGUGUUAGCCAUGGAUAGGGAGAAAUUGAGGGGAAAUUUUCAUCUAAAAAUGCGAUUGAUCGAGGGUAUAUCCCUUCUAAUUUUUA